CCCCAGGUUCUCCUGCACACGUGGAACCUGCUGUCAAGAAUGCUGCGCCGCGAGGCCCGGCUCCGUCGGGAGUACUUGUACCGUAAAGCCCGUGAAGAAGCUCAGAGGACCGCCCAGGAAAAGAAAGAGAAAGUUCGGCGCGCUCUCGAAGAGAAUCGUCUGAUUCCCACUGAAUUGCGCCGGGAGGCUUUGGCCUUGCAGAAAUCCCUGGAGUUUGACGAUGCUGGCGCUGAAGGUGUCACCAGCCACAUGGAUGAUGAAUACCGAUGGGCUGGGGUUGAGGAUCCCAAAAUCAUGAUUACAACCUCCCGUGACCCCAGUUCUCGCCUCAAGAUGUUUGCUAAGGAACUGAAGUUGGUAUUCCCGGGUGCCCAGCGAAUGAACCGUGGCCGUCAUGAGGUGGGAGCCCUGGUACGGGCCUGCAAAGCCAAUGGUGUCACGGACCUGUUGGUAGUUCAUGAGCACAGAGGCACGCCUGUGGGUUUCAUUGUCAGUCACCUGCCCUUUGGGCCCACCGCCUACUUCACUCUGUGCAACGUGGUCAUGCGGCAUGAUAUCCCCAACUUGGGCACCAUGUCAGAGGCCAAGCCACACCUGAUCAUGCAUGGCUUCUCUUCCCGUCUGGGCAAGCGUGUCUCUGACAUACUCCGUUACCUGUUCCCCGUACCCAAAGAUGACAGUCACCGGGUUAUCACCUUCGCAAACCAGGAUGACUAUAUCUCCUUUCGGCAUCAUGUGUACAAAAAGACUGACCACCGCAAUGUGGAGCUGACAGAGGUUGGACCUCGCUUUGAGAUGAAGUUGUACAUGAUCCGCCUGGGCACACUUGAACAAGAGGCCACAGCAGAUGUGGAAUGGCGCUGGCACCCCUACACCAACACUGCACACAAGAGAGUCUUCCUCAGUGCCGAGGGGGCUGGCUGACUGGGCUGGGCUGGAAUAAAGUCUGUGUGCCCCA